GCUUGUUUUUCUUCGACUUUGCUCUUGGAGAGUUUUAGCUUUCUCUGUUCCAAUAGGAAAGCAAUCUCCCGGGCAGGCCUGCAGCACCUGGCUCCUGCACAUCCCCUCAGCCUUCCUGUGGCAAAUGGUCCAGCGAAGGAGCCCAGAGCGACUCUGGACUGGAGUGAGAAUGCCGUGAACGGAGAGCACCUGUGGCUGGAGACCAACGUCUCAGGAGACCUGUGUUACCUGGGAGAGGAGAACUGCCAAGUCAGAUUUGCAAAAUCGGCCCUGAGGAGGAAGUGUGCGGUCUGUAAAAUCGUCGUCCACACCGCCUGCAUUGAACAGCUAGAAAAGAUUAAUUUCAGAUGUAAACCAACAUUUCGAGAAGGGGGCUCAAGAUCGCCAAGAGAAAACUUUGUGCGUCAUCACUGGGUACACAGGCGUCGACAGGAGGGAAAAUGUAAGCAGUGUGGUAAGGGCUUCCAGCAAAAAUUCUCCUUCCACAGUAAAGAGAUUGUGGCUAUCAGCUGUUCCUGGUGCAAGCAGGCGUUUCACAAUAAGGUGACCUGCUUCAUGCUGCAUCAAAUUGAGGAACCCUGCUCCCUGGGGGCUCACGCUGCUGUUAUUGUCCCGCCCACCUGGAUCAUUAAGGUGAAGAAACCUCAGAACUCACUGAAGGCUUCAAACCGGAAGAAGAAGAGGACAAGCUUUAAAAGAAAAGCCAGUAAAAGAGGGACUGAACAGGAAAACAAAGGUCGUCCUUUUGUGAUAAAACCUAUCUCUUCUCCUCUCAUGAAACCCUUGCUUGUGUUUGUGAACCCCAAGAGUGGAGGCAACCAGGGAACCAAAGUCAUGCAGAUGUUCAUGUGGUACCUGAAUCCACGGCAGGUGUUUGAUCUUUCUCAGGAAGGGCCCAAAGAUGCGCUUGAGUUGUAUAGGAAAGUACCAAAUCUGCGAAUUCUGGCCUGUGGUGGGGAUGGAACGGUGGGCUGGAUCCUUUCUAUUCUGGAUGAACUGCAGCUGAGCCCUCAGCCUCCCGUCGGGGUCCUUCCUCUGGGGACUGGGAACGACCUGGCUCGAACUCUCAACUGGGGAGGGGGCUACACUGAUGAACCUGUCUCUAAGAUCCUUUGCCAAGUGGAAGAUGGGACAAUUGUACAGCUAGAUCGCUGGAACCUCCAUGUGGAAAGAAACCCAGACUUGCCUCCAGAAGAACUUGAAGAUGGCGUCUGUAAGCUUCCUCUGAAUGUUUUCAAUAAUUACUUCAGCCUUGGAUUUGAUGCCCACGUCACACUGGAGUUCCAUGAAUCCAGAGAAGCAAAUCCAGAGAAAUUCAACAGUCGUUUUCGAAAUAAAAUGUUCUAUGCAGGAGCGGCUUUUUCUGAUUUCCUACAGAGAAGUUCUAGAGAUCUAUCCAAACAUGUUAAAGUUGUUUGUGAUGGAACAGAUCUCACUCCAAAGAUUCAGGAACUGAAGUUCCAGUGUAUAGUAUUUUUAAAUAUACCCAGAUAUUGUGCUGGCACAAUGCCCUGGGGGAACCCAGGAGAUCACCAUGAUUUUGAACCUCAGCGUCAUGAUGAUGGUUAUAUUGAAGUCAUUGGGUUCACUAUGGCCUCUUUGGCUGCCCUGCAAGUUGGGGGCCACGGGGAAAGGCUACACCAGUGUCGGGAGGUCAUGCUGCUCACUUACAAAUCCAUCCCCAUGCAAGUGGAUGGGGAGCCCUGUAGGUUGGCCCCAGCUAUGAUUCGGAUCUCCUUGAGGAAUCAAGCCAACAUGGUACAGAAGAGCAAGAGGAGAACAUCCAUGCCUUUACUCAAUGAUCCCCAGUCUGUCCCAGACCGCCUGAGGAUCCGGGUGAACAAAAUCAGUUUACAAGACUAUGAAGGAUUUCACUAUGACAAAGAGAAACUUCGGGAAGCUUCUAUCCCUCUGGGUAUUCUAGUUGUGCGUGGAGACUGUGAUUUGGAGACUUGCCGUAUGUACAUAGACCGCCUACAGGAGGACCUGCAGUCAGUUUCUUCUGGCUUCCAGAGAGUUCAUUACCAGGACCACGAAACCUCCUUCCCCAGGGCGCUCUCAGCUCAGAGACUCUCCCCACGGUGGUGCUUUCUAGAUGCAACUUCCGCUGAUCGCUUUUACCGAAUAGACAGAUCUCAGGAACAUUUGCACUUUGUGAUGGAGAUUUCCCAAGAUGAGAUUUUUAUUCUGGAUCCAGAUAUGGUGUUGUCACAGCAGGCAGGAACACCUCCAGGAAUGCCUGACCUGGUGGUGGAGCAAGCCUCAGGAAUUUCCGACUGGUGGAAUCCCGCCCUACGGAAGCGCAUGCUGAGCGACAGCGGGCUGGGAACGAUAACUCCGCAUUAUGAGGACUCGGAUUUGAGAGAUCUCAGCCACUCCCGUGUGCUACAGUCACCAGUCUCUUCAGAAGAUCACGCAAUUUUGCAGGCAGUAAUAGCUGGUGAUCUUAUGAAGCUAAUGGAAAGCUAUAAAAAUGGAGGCAGUCUGCUAAUUCAGGGGCCGGACCACUGCUCCCUCCUCCACCAUGCAGCCAAAACCGGCCACGGGGAGAUCGUGAAGUACAUCCUGGACCACGGACCUUCCGAGUUAUUGGAUAUGGCAGACAGCGAAACGGGUGAGACCGCCCUGCACAAGGCUGCCUGCCAGCGGAACCGGGCCGUGUGCCAGCUUCUGGUGGAUGCGGGAGCAUCUCUGAGAAAGACGGACUCCAAGGGGAAGACACCUCAAGACAGAGCACAGCAGGCUGGAGACCCAGAUUUGGCUGCAUACCUAGAAAGCCGCCAGAACUAUAAGAUCAUUGGCCAUGAGGACCUGGAAACUGCUGUUUGACCCUGGUAGAUUGCAAAGAGAACCUAAGCAAGCGUAUCACCUGUGCCCUCCCGGCAAUCGGGCAGCUCCCCUGGAAGAAGCUGAUGGAAUCCACAAAUCUGUCUCUCUCUGCAAGAAUCUAUCUGAGACCAUGCCACCAGUUAUUAAGGGCUACCAGGAUGUCCAACAGAACACGAUAGCCCUCUGAGGAAGAGGCAGGGUACCUGGAGAUUUGUGGAAUACACAUUCCACAAAAUUUGAUCCUUAUUGCUUCCAGCAAGUAGCAUGAACUUCUGUGUUCACCUGUAUAAUUUAUUUUCGAGAUUCAAAGGAUGUUCGUACAAAUGGCACUGCUCCCUCCUCCCCCUGUGCAUUCACGACUCCUCUGUACCCCACAAUUCUACUGCAACUACCCAUCAUUCAAAAAAAAAAAAAAGUAAAUACGAUCUGCUCUCUCUACAUUCAGUCUUUGAAGACCACAAGGCACUCUGGAGGUCUCUGAAAACCCUCUGGAAGUCCCGCAGAAACACAACUGUAAAGCUGCUUCUCUUUCCAAGAUGAAAUAUACAGAGACUAUUAGUGACCGUUUGCAUGUCUCCCCUGCCCUCCUCCCUCAUCCCUUGUCAUUCUGUAGGAGCUGGGACGUGCCACAUGGAUAAUGUCAACUUGUGUGCUGUACCUCUGCAGUAUGGUGAGGUGGCAUGGGAGGGGACCCAGGGCCCGGCCCUGGGGGCGGGGCUGUUGCUGAUAGCCAUGAAGGACUGGUUCAGCUUGGGCUGUUUGCACAGCCCCAUACUGCCUCCGUGUAGCCAUCUUUGCCUUUUGCUGCGAUGUAGACGAUAAGAGACCAGCACAGGAUUGAACGAAGGCCCACGGCCGGUUUGGCGGAACCGCUGGAUUUUAAGUGCGGUUGAAGGUGCUGAGCAGAAAACCACGUGUGGGGACUGUGGUUCCAGGAAAUGGAGCACUGUGACUGCGUUCCCUUCCAGACUUUCUCUAGUGAUAAUAGAAAGCAGGCUAACUGACUUGAAAUAAAACAGCCAAUGCAAAAGCAGCAACAUAUGUCAAAAUAACUCACUUAAGCAAGAAAACAGUUGUGGGCAUGUUGCACAGAGGCUAAUAAGUAGAGACUCUUGGGUGUAGUGGUGAGAGGGGGCCCAUUUUAGGUUUUCCUUCUAAGUGUUUGGUUUUCACUACCCCGAGUAAGCCUUGUCCCAAGGACAAAGCCUUGUUUUAUGAGUUCCACUGCUGGAUUUCCAGGACGGCUGGAUCUUCCCGAUGGACGCCUCACCUUUUACUUGUCAGGUCCCAAGAUUAUACCUGAUAGCACUGUAACCCCAUUUCUUACAUACGGGGUUGUCUAAUCUAUUCUUUUCUUCGUUUCCCCCUACCAGGAAAUUCUUAGUACAAAACCACUGUGGGAGCUGAGCCAGAAAUGUGUCUCUGGCGUUGGAAUUACGACUUCGAAUCCUGCCACGGAUCAGUUGGUACUUACAGGUCCCUCCAGUAGGGACUCUGUGAUAACUAAAAGAGCAGGAGGAAAAGGCUUCUAACUUUCAGUGAAGAGGCCUACUUGACGUGGGUAGGAGUCAGAAACACAAGUGGGUGAUCCAAAGUUGUUUCAGACUAAAGCUGAGGUCUUCUGAGCUUUCUUCCAUUUGGCUCUUAGACACAAGCAAAGUGCUUCCCUGGUGUCUCUGCAUGUGAACACAUAAAUGAUCGUAUUUCUGCAUUUACUUUAAAGGUCCAGUGGUGACGCACUGCUUACCUGAAUUGCAUUUUGGUCACCUAUCAUUUUGAGAGGACAGAUAUGAGUACUGUACUAAGGAGGAAUAUCUUCUCUGUGGGUGGGGAUGAAGCAUCUCUUUAGCCUUUUCAAAAUCAAAUUAUUGGUGUUAUUUCCGGUGGGGGGAGAAUAGGUUGGUUAUGAGUAAUCUAUUUCCAUCUAUCAGUCUUAGAAAUGGAAUUAUCUGUUGGGUUUUAUGGGGAGGUAAGGAGGAGGGCAGUAUGUUGUUUCCAGAAACUGGAAAAAAUAGGCUCCAGGAGAAUUUAAUCACUGGGCUUCAUCUGGGAGUUUUUCAGUUGGUGGGACUGUCUAAGAGAUGUUGUGAUGACAGAAAUAUAAUCCUUAAAACAGACUGGAUCUGGCUUUGAAUGGUGCCUUCCAUUCCCCAGAUUAAGCCAAACAGUUGGCCACACAGUCAGUUACCCAGCCGCCAUUUCUGGGAUAAAGGACUAUUUUCACCAACUACCAUCUCAUAUUUCUUUGUGAUGCUUCAAAGCAGCCCAGAGAAAACUUAGGGUAUAGAAGGCUACAGGCCAAUUUAAAUAGGUCCGACUGAAGUCACAGUAAAUUCCUGGUAUGAAAAUAGGUAAGGUAAUGACUACUAUAGGGGUUCUGGUACAUUUGGAAAUCAUUCCAAGCCAAAAAAAGUUCUACAUUAUGGAUGGGAAACUAUGUACAACAAGCAAAUGUCUCUUUGAAAAAGCAAACACCCUCAGGACUCGGGUUUUCCGAGGAAAGGACAUCAAAAAUGAACGGAACAGUUACAUAUUUAAUGGAUUCAAUAUUAAACCUACCUCCUGUAGCACUUUUUAAAAUUGAUCACUGCGUGGGACAGUCCUGGCCUUCAGAAAGAGCUGAGGCCACAUGCUCCAAGAGUUUCCAGCUCAGCUCAAGUAUAGAGUCUCCCCUUUAAUGGGCCAUCAGAAAGGGUAGAAGCCAAUGGUCUGGCCCUGGUCUGGAUCUGUAAACCCACAAACGUUUAAUUUAAAAGACAUGACACUGUAUACUCACAGAAAUACCAUUUUCUACAAAACCUCCCGGGACAGUACUGGAGCAUGGCUGGCUUAGCUGCCAAUCCUCUGUGUUUGGCUCAGAAGAGCCCCUCAUGGGCAUUCCAUUUGUGGGUUUGGUUGACAGGGAGGGGUAUGAGAAAUGGAGAGUUAUUACAAGACCACAUGAGAGAACCUUAAAGGUAGUCAUUUUCGGAGCCCUAUAUUCCAGGAGUACACAUUUAAUGAAACAGAACCCAGUUUAGAACCCAGCUUCACCUAGUUAAGCUGUGCUUUAUCACAUUCAAGGACUGAUUAAAAACAACAACAACAACAACAAAAAAAAAACCAGAAGCCAAGAAGGAAAUAAAUACCAUGGCCGCAAAUCUCACUUUGAGAGUUCUGGUUACCUCUAUGGAGGCUAUAACCUAAAACCCAUGCAAUUUCUGAAGAAGAGAAUUUAGCUGGCAAGUGCACAGCCAUGACAUUAGUGACAGCCCCCCCUAGCCCAUUGUAGUAGCUGGCCUUAGCAAUUAGGCCGAUGUGUUUGCAUUGGGAGAUACUCAACAGGCAGUUUGCAUUUGGACCUUGUAACCAUUUCUUUGCCUAAAGGAUUUCUGAAAUGUAUUUCCUAGACUUCUCGUAAUAUCCAUGUUUUAUAAUAUGUGGGGCAGCAGUUUUAUUUUUUUACAUGUCAAUUUUAUUUCACAUG